CAGUGCCUUCCUCGACGCCAGUCUUAAAGGGGCCGCGCCGCUGGGAGGCGAUGGCGAGGCCAGGACAUGGCAGGAGGCAUGUAUCACCGGAGGAAGAUGAGGAUGAGGAGGACCCAGUGGAUGCCAUGGUCUCCAGGACGGGCUGCAUGGCUCAGCACCGGGCGCUGCAGCACUGCAUGGCAGAGCAGCAGGAUUGGAGGCACUGCCAGCCCCAGGUCAGGGCCUUCAGAGACUGCAUGGCCCAGAGGAAGCAGGAGAGGGAGGUACAGAGGGCACCCAGCUCCAGCCAAGGCCACCCAGCUCCUGCUGCAGAGUGAAAGCCCCCUGGAAGCCUGGUCCCAGACUGGGAAUGUUGCCGGGAAUGGGAUGGCUGUGCCAUGUCACCCCUUUUUUGUGGUGUUUUUGGUCCACUGGGUGGCUGCUAAACUGGGAGAUUAAAUCCAGUGGUGUCUGUCACCCUGCCUGAA